GGGCCAGGCCAAGGGGCCUCUCACUUAGGAGCUUCUCCAUUCUGUCAGCUCUCCCGGAACAUCCAAGGCAAGACUGGCACCCAGGGCGCAGCAGGAACCAUGGAGUCCUUCAGUUCCAAGAGUCUGGUGCUACAGGCAGAGAAGAAGCUACUGAGUAAGAUGGCAGGGCGGUCUGUGGCUCAUCUCUUCGCGGAUGAGACGAGCAGCGAGGUGCUAGAUGAGCUCUACCGUGUGUCCAAAGAAUACACACGCAGCAGGCCCCAGGCCCAGCGGGUUAUCAAGGACCUGAUCAAGGUGGCGGUCAAGGUGGCUGUGCUGCACCGCAGUGGCUGCUUCAACCCCAGCGAGCUGGCCCUGGCAACCCGCUUUCGCCAGAAGCUGCGGCAGGGCGCCAUGACAGCACUCAGCUUCGGGGAGGUGGACUUCACUUUCGAGGCCGCCGUGCUGGCCAGCCUGCUGACCGAGUGCCGGGACCUGUUGCUGGAGCUGGUGGAGCGCCACCUCACGCCCAAGUCCCACGGCCGCAUCCGCCACGUGUUCGAUCACUUCUCUGACGCCGGCCUGCUCACGGCCCUCUACGGGCCUGAUUACACCCAGCACCUGGGCAAGAUCUGCGGCGGGCUCAGGAAGCUGCUGGACGAGGGCAAGCUCUGAGAGUCCCAGCCCCAGCGAGCUCCUUCUUGGCAGAACGGCUGACUGAGACAACUACACACACCAGGCUUCUAACCCUGCGCCUCUGCACUAAUGCUUUUCAAUCUCAGGCUCAGUCUCUCCCAAGAGUGAGUGUGACUCUGAGACUACCCCACCCCCAAACUACUGGUGGAGAAGCAGCAAUGCUGAGGGUUGAGGCCUCUCUUCCCACUCCAGCCCCAAGACCGGAAACAAAGCUGCCUGAAAAAGACGAAGUGAAACUUGGACCUCUGUUUUCCCCCACAAAGGGCCUUUCAAACAGGGAAGCCCCCUCACCUCAGAACCAGGGUAAGAGGGCAUAGACCAGCUAACUCUUCUGGGGACACUAAAGACAGCUGGGGGGAAGGGAACCCUGGGAGACAUUCUAGACCUUCAGAUCUCAGCAGAGUCUGGAGGGAUCCCAGAGGCUCUGCUCCAGAGGGCAGGAAGAAGGGGCUAGGGCAGGGGAGAGUCUCACAGAGGAAAUAAAAUUAUUAAAACAUG